AUGUCACCACCAUCCCCUGGCUUCUCCGAACUCCAGAAGCCGCUUCGUUUCCAGGGUAGAGAUUCUCUGGAACUUGCCUCUCUGGCCGACUCCGAGCACGAUGAACUGCCCACGUCCGAGGAAUCCUCACGUUCCGGCAUUUCCUCCUCCCGACGACUCUCCCUCGAGAAUGAAGAUCCCCUAGACAGUGCGAACCCUGCCUCAACUCGUGGCAAUGCUCAUGGGCGCUCCUACUCCGUCUCGUCCGCCUUUGACUUCACCCCUGCGCUGUUCCCGCUGUCUUCGACUGCCGGAGGAGGAUAUACGGCGCUCGGCAAUCCGUCGGCGGUGUCGCUAUCUCUCGAAAGACGCGGGGCGUUGCAAAAUCUGGAAAAGAACAAAACCUUGACAUACCUCAAUGGGCUCUCGCUAGUGGUCGGGUUGAUCAUAGGUUCUGGGAUUUUUUCUUCACCAGCACAGGUGAAUUCGCAUGUGGGAUCCCCGGGCGCAGCACUGUUGGUGUGGACAAUUUCCGGCCUUCUUGCUUGGACAGGCGCGGCCUCGUACGCCGAAUUGGGGGGCGCGAUACCACUCAAUGGAGGUGCUCAGGUUUAUCUAGCCAAGAUCUUUGGCGAGGUGGUGGGAUUCCUGUUCACUUGGUCGGCUAUCCUUGUCCUCAAACCCGGCGGAGCAGCCAUCAUCGCCAUCAUAUUUGGCGAAUAUGUUGUCCGGGCAGCAAUUGGGGCCGAGGUCGAAGAUGUCAAUCCAUGGAUCAACAAAAUCCCCGCCUUGGGAGCGCUCGCGCUGGUCACACUCUUCAACUGCGUCUCGACACGCUUCGCUGCGCGGCUGGGGGAUCUGUUCAUGUUCUUCAAAUUCGUUGCCCUCGUGGCCGUGACCAUCAUCGGCAUCGUUGUAGCCGUGACCGGCCUCUCCUUCAACGGCCCUGCCAACAAGGACUGGCGAGACCACAACUGGUUCGAAAACACGUCGACCGACAUUUCCAGUUGGGCCGUUGCGCUCUACGCCGGGCUCUGGGCAUUCGACGGAUGGGAUAACACCAACUACGUGACCGGCGAGUUUAAAAAUCCCGCACGCGACCUUCCAAGAGUCCUCCAUACAGCCAUGCCUGCUGUUAUUGUAUGCUAUCUCCUCGCCAAUAUCGCAUACAUCUUCGUCCUGCCAUUAGAGACGAUCAACAAGUCCAACACUGUUGCCGUUCAGUUUGGAAGUAAGGUCUUCGGCCCUAUUGGAGGGCUCAUCCUGGCGCUGAUCGUGAGCGCAUCUUGCUUUGGCGCAUUGAAUGCCACGACUUUCACCUCUGGCCGCUUGGUCUACGUGGCUGGGCGAGAGGGCUAUUUACCCUCCGUGUUCGGGAAGAUUGGGUUUGGCACCUCCUCUGGUCCGGAAACGCCUGUGUCGUUGACCAAAACUCGCCAAAGAUCAUGGUUAUCCAAAACCCUCGCUCGCGUAUUCGGAGAUGAAUCCAUCGGUUUGGGAUAUACACCUGUGAACGCAAUGCUGCUCAACAUGCUCCUAUGUAUGAUAUAUAUUAUCCUGGGCGAGUUCAAAACACUCCUUACAUUCUACGGCGUCGCUGGAUAUGCAUUCUACUUCCUAACUGUCCUGGGACUUAUUGUUCUGCGGAUACGCGAGCCCAGACUGGAAAGACCCUACCGCACCUUCAUCACUACUCCCAUCAUUUUCUGCUGCGUCUCUUUGUUCCUGGUCAGUCGAGCGGUGGUGGCGCAGCCUGUGCAGACGGUAAUCGUCAUUGUAUUUGUGGUCAGCGGUUUGCCGGUGUAUUAUUGGCGGAUUGCGAGGCGAGAGGAGUCUGGGAGACAGGGGCACCGGGGCAUGGGCAAGAGGGAAGGACGGUUCUGGCGGAGAUGGGGUCGGUCGUGA